AUGUUCAAGAACAGCUUCUUCCCGGCUGUUAGUAUUCUGGUAUGUAAAUAUUUCCUGUGUGGAUUCUGUCCGGCUGAGUUAUUUACUAACACACGCUCUGAUCUGGGUCCCUGUGAGAAGAUUCAUGAUGACAACCUGCGGAAAUACUAUGAGAAGAGCUCUCGUUUUAUGAAAGUGGGCUAUGAGAAAGACUUCUUGCGUUAUCUGCAAAACCUGAUGGCUGAUGUUGAGCGGCGGAUCCGUCGAGGUCAUGCUCGGUUGGCGCUAUCCCAGAACACGACACCUGGAACAGCGACCGGAGGGCCUGUGAGUAAGAAUGAAGAGAAAGGUCAGGUUUUAACAGAGAAAAUCGAAGAACUCCUGGAACAGAUUGAGGAGCUGGGCUCUGAGGGGAAAGUGGAAGAGGCCCAGGGUAUGAUGAAACUUGUCGAACAGCUGAAAGAUGAGCGAGAGCAACUGCGAUCUGCCAGCUCGACCAUCGAGAGCUUUGCGGCCCAGGAGAAGCAGAUGGAGGUGUGUGAAGUGUGUGGUGCAUUCCUCAUCGUAGGAGACGCGCAGUCCAGGGUGGAUGAUCACUUAAUGGGGAAGCAGCACAUGGGCUAUGCGAAGAUCAAAGCAACUGUGGAGGAACUAAAGGAGAAGGUUCGGAAGAAGACUGAAGAGCCAGAACGUGAUGACAAAUUAAAACGUGAGAGAGAAGAACGGGAGCUGGAACGAGAGCGUGAGCGGGAGGAGAGGGAGAAGAAACGGCGGCGGGAGGAGGAGGAGAAGGAGCGAGAGAGGGAGGCACGGCGUAGGAGGAGCCACUCACGGAGCCGGCAUUCCCAUUCUAGCCGGGCGUCCGACAGAAGGCGAAGCAGGUCACGAGAGCGCAAGCGGUCGCGCAGUAAGGAACGUGAAAAGAAACGCAGCAGGGGUGAGGAUCGGCGGAGCAGAGACCGCUCUGAGAGAAGCAGAGACCGAUCAGAAAGGAAACACCGGUCCCGGAGUCGGGAUCGGCGCCGAUCACGAAGUCGGGAUGUCAGGUCACACAAACACAGAAGUAGGAGCAGGGAGAAAGAGAGAAGGUCAAAGGACAAAGAAAGAAGAGACUCUGAUGAGAUGAGGAAAAGCAGUCGGAAAUCCAGUCAGACAGACAAAGAGAGUGCAGAGCCUCGACCAGACGCCAUGGAGGUGGACGCCACUAAAAGCGAGGUCAAUGGGAGAGAUGAAGACCUAAAAUCUGAAGGUGACACUCAGUCCAAUUAAAACUGAUCUGAUUUGACCUCAGAUCAGACCAAGGCGUGGCCGUUUUUGAAGAUGUCAAGGAAUCCCAGUGAAGAUUCGACUGCUCGACCUGAAGUCUCUGCCCAGUUAAAACAAGGUGAAAGAAAACUGUAGUGGUGUAGGGAGAGGGAGAGAGUGAGAGAGAAAUUGUAAUUUUUAAGCAAAAAAGGAUUCAUUUCAGGACUUUUAUGUAUGAUUAGCUGCCCAAAGAAGUUCCCGUUUCUUGUGCUUGCAAUACUCUUUUUCACUAACAGUGAACUCGAGUCCUGUUUUUUUUUCCAAGUGUCAGACUAAAGUGAGCAGCACCCAAACCAUGUGACCUGCAAAUGUAUACCCAAUGGUUUCCUUGACGUUUAAAUUUCUUGGCAAACUGCAAUCUGUAAAUAUACAGGCCACAAAGUUGUAUAGAGCUGUUUUGAUUAAGAGGCUGAUUUUUACCAUGCUCCUGUCGCCACUAUCUUCUUUUUUGGUUUUUGUAGUACUAGGCUGCCUGCCUCUUUCUCAGUUGCCCAUCCAGCUGUGAGGACGAGUGUUUUUCCCUGCCCUGCUGUUCCUGUAUUUUGAAAAUGGUUGCUGUAAUUUGCAAAUUUUAGUGUUGAAUAUGAAUAAAUUUUUUUUCAGUAAA